AUGCAAUCUGCACGCUCCCAAAACCCAGCCCUGGAAGCCAAAAUCAGACAGAUGGCUCUCCCCCUCGCUCCACUGGUGCGACUCACCACCGGAGAUGUCCAUCCCAUAUUCCCCUCCACGCUCCUCAACUUCUGGCUCCUGACGUCGGAGCAAUGCGACGAGCUGGCCCACUUCUACCACCAGCGCACGCCGUCCGCAUACACGCGCCACUACCCGUGCCCGGUAGAGUGGAAGACUGACGCCACGCUCGACGAGAAGCGUCGGCGGAUCGGGCGCUUCAUUGGACUCCGGGGGUGCGAGAGUCCCGUCCGGGUUCUGAGUGAGGAGGAGAUUUUGCGGAGUGUGAGGGAGGAGCGGGAGAGGGCAGGGGAGGAGGAGAAGAUGAGGGGGAAGACGCGGUGGUAUUGA